GGAUUUCAAUCCUCUUGUUGACUAUACGCCUCCAUAUUCCCAAAUUAAUUAUCAGAAUAUUGUCGUGAGGGUCAAGAGAAAAGAAGUAAAGGAGGCUACCCUUUAUUGUUGUUCGGGUGUCCUACCGGGUCGACCCUAUCUUUUGUGUAGCCCCCUUAGUGGGUUUCCUACCGGGUAA